GUAUAACAUGUGAUCUCUGAUAAAUGAUCGACGACGUUUUGACAAGAAGCUGCAAGAGUCAAGUUGGGUGUUUCAUGUGGGAAGCUAUUUCGGGAAGGGGCUCUCCCUUCUCCGUGUUUUGAGGCUUGCCAACUUGCCAAGCGCGUCGUCGUCCUUUGAUUGUAUUAACAUCUCUCUCAACAAGGUUUCCAAAUCAAUUAUUCUGUUUGCCCGCACCUUGUUCAAGAACACACGACCAAACGAUACCCUUGUCCACUUAUACACACCCGCCAACUACACAGACACCCCAAGACGAAUAGCGCCACAGAAAUGAGACUUCCUUCGGCUUAUGCCCUCACGGCGACGCUCGCCUUUGCCCAUGUCGGCUCGGCGCAGCUGGUCGAUGCCACUUUGGUGGGCACAUGGGCAACAAAGGCCAACAAGACCUUGACUGGUCCAGGCUUCUACGACCCCGUCGGCGACAACAUGAUCGAGCCCUCGCGACCGGGCAUCUCAUACUCCUUCACAUCAGAUGGCUUCUACGAGGAAGCCUACUACCGCGCUAUUUCGAACCCUGCCGACCCUUCAUGCCCUGGAGCUAUUAUGCAAUGGCAGCACGGCAGCUACGUGAUUGGCAGCGACGGUUCCCUUACCAUGACACCCAUCGCCGUUGACGGUCGCCAACUGCUGUCGCAACCCUGCUUAAACAAAAACUCCAUCUACACUCGCUACAACACGACCGAAAAGAUGAAGGCAUACCGCGUUUAUACAGACCCCUACCACGGCAUCGGCCGCCUCGACCUCACAGAAUUCGACGGCAAGAUCAUGCAGCCAAUGUACCUCGUCUACUCUCCCCCUCAAAUGCUGCCCACGCAAACCCUCAACCCUACCGUCGCGGCCGGCGCACCCACCUCGAAAGUAAAGCGCGACAUGACUAGAGAGGUACCUACGAAUUUCAAGAUGGGCGUGCAAAGUCAGGUCAUGAACCCCGAUCGCUGGUGGUGGAUGGGUUUGACAUUUACUGGUAUUGGUGGGUUGCUCUACUUUGGUCCCAGGAGAAUGGGAAUGUAAUGGCAGGAUGAUGGAAUGCAAGAGUUGUGGAUGGGGUAUACAUAUUUUGGCGUUUUACUUUACAAGGCAGGCUCUCUUUUCUGGAAAACGAAGAGAAGGAAAUGGGAACGGCCACAUUUCUCUCGUCCUGUCAUGGCAGCAUUUUUUCUCGCCCUUUGGUUGUAGAUGUUUUUCUUGGGCGUUCUGUCACUCUCGGAUCUCGUGGGACUUGUUUUUUUUUGGUGAGCUCACGCUGCUUUCUCCUUCGUUGAUCUUUGUAAUUAUGAAAUGAACUGAUAAAUUAUCCUUCCCCUUUGCCUG